UACACAAAAUCCCACCAAGUUUUAAUAGUACAUGUGUACACAUUUUUUACAAGACCAGCGAACAAAAUGAUCCGUGCGUGUAUAUUUCUUGCACUGUUAUCUAUUUCGUUUGCUGACAACGUGAAUUACAAAGACUGUGGAUCUGUCUCCGGGAAAAUAGAGGCAGUUGACAUUAACCCAUGUCCAACAGAACCAUGCGAACUGAAGAGGAAUACCAAUAUCACCAUUAGUCUCGACUUUAUGUCCAAUUCCAAUUCAGCGACUUUUAAGACGAUCGUACACGGUAUUAUAGGAGGGGUACCAGUCCCGUUUCCAAGCUCUAAUGGAAAAAUAACCCCACCUCUUCCCAUAAAACCAGAUCAGAAAAUCACCUACACAAACGCUAUCUUUGUAGAACCAACUUAUCCCAAGAUUUCACUUCUCGUCAAGUGGGAAAUUUGGGACGCCUCCAGGAAGGACUUUGUAUGUUUUGUAGUACCCGCCGAGAUUGUGGCUUAAACUCCGACAAAACUAACCUGCGUCUAUAAAUGUUCUAUGUGAAAUGAGGGUUUGUCAUAAAAUCGUACAACCUACACACACAUCUAGGUUAGGAUUGUGUUUAAUAUUGCAAUGGAAAGUUGAUUACUGCCGAUUGGGCAUUACUAUAUAGACAAUGUAUGUAUUACAUAAUGAACUUGAUACACAUAUGUUAUCUGAUUAUUGAAGUAUGUACUGUUAGUCGCACACUGAAUGAUAUACACGUAUACUAUGGUUGUGUAUAAAUGACAAGUCAGCGUGUGUAUUGCAAUGUGACGUAAAACUAUUGUGAUGUCAUAUCUGGUACACGUAUUUGAAGAUUAAAAUUUUGUCAACAGUU